AUGCUCCCAGUUGCGGACUUCACGGCACCACCAGCCCUGCGUGGCGCAGCCGCGGCGGAAGGAUCCCUGGCGGGUAUCGAGCUCGAGACCAGAGCUCCCAUGGUCCUGGUUGAGGCUCUGCCUGAGCCGCGGCCUAACGAUGCGAUGCUUCCUGUGGAGCUCAACCGUACCUCGUUGUACUGGGGCCUGCUGCUGAUUUGCAUCCUCUCCGUGCUCUUCUCCAGCUACUUCUUCAACUGA